AUGUUGUGCUACUUAGGAUUAUUCUUUUACAUUGUUAAUGUUCUAUCGGUUAAUUCACAGAAAUCUGUAAAACAUGAAAAUUUAUUUCAUUUAUCUAAAACAAACGCAACUGAGUAUGAAGGUGGUAGUACACGGCAAGCUUAUGAAAUGAAUUUUCCGAUACUGAAAAAUCAGUUUGCAUCAAUGGUAAUGUUAACCUUGAAAGUGGGUGGUAUUCGUCAACCACAUUGGCAUCCUUUCGCUUGGGAAUUGAAUUUUGUUAUGAGUGGUACAGCUGAAUGGGGUAUUGUUGGAACUAAUGGUCAGCAUGACUCGUUCAUAGCUAAUGCCGGUGAUCUUGUAUUUAUUCCAGUUGGCGUUUUUCAUUAUUUUUCAAAUGCUGAUAGUGAACAAGAAUUGAAAGUUUUAGUCAUAUUUAAUUCUGGUAAGAUUCUAGCAGAUGAUGAUAUUGGAAUUGUCCCUUCAUUGAAUGGAAUACCUGUUGAUAUAUUGGCUGCUUCAUUUGGCAUGCCAAACGAUUAUUUCCACGCAUUUCCAAGAAAUGUAACACAAACACCAAUUAUUCUACGAAAAAAUACAAAACGUUAA